AUGGCCCAAUUUCCCAUCGGUAACAGAGACAUGCGGGGUGAAGAGAACAACGGCCGAAAUCGUUGGGACGACCACAUGCUGCCGGGUGAGAAUGAUCUUCUACGUUGGGGGCUCAGCAGGCAAAUGCUUGCCAUGGGCGAUGACGCGGAUUACUUCCGUUUAUCCAAUUCCAGGCCCCCGAAGAGAGGAAGGACUGGCGAUCCCGGCACCACCCUGGAUACAGCAAUUCCUGUUGACAAUCCUUUCCCCAUAGACCCUGCCCUUCGUCCCACUCUCUCCCAAACCAACGGAGAUCGCGAUUCGUCGAUUGCUGCGCCGAAAAUGGAUGACAAGGUGCUGGCUGGAAUCUUAGAGAUAUUUCCGGACAUCAGCCAUCAAUACGUGCUUGAACUCCUGGCGGCGCGUCAACCCCCAGCGUCGAACGGUGCAUCCAACGUGGUGGAUGGUUAUGUUCGAAUAAAGGAGGACCUUAUUGAGCGGAUCCUAACACAGGAUUCCUACCCUAAACAGGAAAAAGCCAAAAGAAAACUAGAACAGACAGACGAUGGCUUAAAAAAAUGGGAAGUGGCUGCUGCAGGCGCUGAUAACCCUUCAUACAUCCAGAGAGUCUGCGAUGUCCUAGGCCAGGAGUUUCUUCGCGUUCCCGUUACUUACAUUCGUCAAGUUAUGACAGAGAAGAAAGGUCUUUACACUGCUUAUCUUACCAUAUAUCGUCAAGAAAUGUUGCCAGACGACACCGACAUCCCAGCCAUGCCUUGUGAAGGAGAAACUGCUCAUUUCUUCUGCUUUACCUGCAUACGUAAAUCGGCAGAGACUCAAAUUGGGCUCAUGAAGUGGCGCCUGCAGUGUUUUGACACUAGCGGCUGCCAGGAGAACUUUGAUCGUUCUCGAUUAAAGCAAACGUUGGGGCACUCCCUGAUGAAGAAGCUUGAUUCUUUGCAACAAGAGGACGAGGUCCAACAAGCCGGCCUGGAGGGACUCGAAUGUUGCCCCUUCUGCGAUUUCAAGGCCAUUUGCGGCCCGGUGGAAGAAGAUCGAGAAUUCCACUGCCAGAACCCUUUAUGUGAGAAAGUCAGCUGUCGUCUAUGCAACGAUGAAAGUCAUACCCCCAAAACCUGUCAAGAGGCCAAACAGAAAAAGUGCCUCCCGGAACGCCAUACGGUUGAGGAAGCUAUGAGCGAAGCCCUCAUUCGGAAUUGCCCCAAGUGCAAGGUCAAGAUUGUCAGGGAAUCCGGUUGCAACAGAAUGCAAUGUUCCAAGUGCGGCAGUAACAUGUGCUAUAUUUGCAGACAGGACAUCUCACACGAUCUCUAUAACCAUUUCGGCAAGGCCCCUACGUUCUGCAAGACAUAUGAUGAUCAUGAAGAAGACCGCCAUGAGUAUGAAGUGGACCGGGCUCAAAAAACGACCAUUUCCGAGGUUCUCUCGCAGAAUCCCGACUUGACCGAGGAUGAUCUCCUGAUAGACGAAUCUACCGCGGGUAAAACUUCAAAAACUGCACCACGACCUAAGCGCGCACAUCAAGAAUUUCACCCGGCUGCAUUCCCGGUACAGUUCGUACAACAUCGUCAAUCUUUGCACGCCGAUGCUGCACCAGAGAACCACAUCAUGUUCAACCGUUUUGACGGCUUGCCGCCUGCACGUCGCGAGCCCCGGAAUAUGCAAGAUCAAUAUGCUUAUCGUGAAUUUCUGUAUCAGCAGCAGCGUCAUCCUCGACAUGUUCCUCACAUUCCUCCCAUUCCUCCCAUGCCUCGCGACCCUCUAUUUGAUCCCACAGAAAUAAUGUCAGGACGUCAACGCGCGAAUGACCAGGGAUGGCUCCCGAAAGCCCAUCGUUUCCCUCCGCUUUAA